UAAGUAGUGGCGUAUUUUGAACAUGGCGGAAUAUUCGGAUGUUCAUCGAGCAUUUUUGCAAGCGUGUUCAAACCAUGGAACAAUUGGCAAACAACAGGCAUAUAACAUUCUCGUAAAUAUUUAUGCGCGCUACGGAAGCACCGAAAGCGUACCGAAGGAAGAAGACGUAGUCGAAGUGGUGGCCCUGAUUAACACCCGCAUCGCUCGGUUUGACCAAAAGAUAUGUUACAUUCACUACGAACCAACCGAUAUGGAUUACGUGGUGUUUGUUAAUUUGAUCGAUACACCAACAACGCGGGAGAUGCAUAAUUUUUACACCCAACCGGAACUGCAUUACUUCCGCUAUUUGCUGCGCGAGUUAGUGCAGAAUCCCGACCAUCAGCUCCCGUCGAUUGCUUGCCUGAACUUCACGACCAUUUCGGCUGGCAAAGGGGGCAAACCGAUCACGAAAACCCGUGCUGAGAACCUCCUGAUUGAUUGGGAGCAGUACGGUUACUUCCUGAUGCUGGAGGAUAAAUGUUACUUGGGGCCGCGGACCAUAACGGAGUUUGAAACGUAUCUCAGCACGAACUUUCCGGAUGAGAUUAAGCACUGUUCUCUCUGCAGCAUCACUAUAUACUACGGUGUUCGCUGUGCGCACUGCUCGCACACUCUACACAAGGUUUGCAUGAAGAAAUACUUACGGAAGUUUACAAACUGCCCCGAAUGCAAAGGGCCGUGGACCGUGAAGCUGUAAGUGAUACCUUGAGUAUAUGUGUGCCAUUUAU